GUACAAGGAACAGCCAGCGAUCUGAGUAUACCGUCCGCGAUCCCGGUGUGUCUUGACUUGAGAAGCCCUGCAUGAGGAUGCUGGGUUGGCUCUGUGUGUGCUCGGUGCUGUGCGCUUUCUGCCCUGCCAUCCCCGUGCAUUCCCUGGAAUGGUUCACCGCCGUGGUACGCACCGAGUACACCGAGCCGCUCACUAACGUCACUGUGCUUAACACCACGGAGAGCGGCAGCUAUGGAGAUCACUCGCCUAAGGACAGCGUGCAGGGCUUGGUGGGCUUUCCUCGGGACCCCGAGCACUUGGAAGGAUGUCACCCGGACACCGAGUUCACUGUCCCGGGCAUGGCCCCCGGGUCCACGGAGGCGGAGGAUGCGCAGCCCUGGAUAGCGCUGGUAGCCCGGGGAGGAUGUACCUUCAAGGAGAAAGUGUUCCUCGCUGCCCGCAGGAGAGCCUCGGCUGUGGUCAUCUUCAACGAUCUGAAGAGUGGCAAUGCCACCGUGCCCAUGUCACACCUGGGUACUGGAAACACGGUGGUGAUUAUGGUUUGGUAUGCAAAGGGAUUGGAGAUUUUGGAGCCCCUUAGAAGACAGAUUCCUGUAAAGAUGUCCAUCAGCGUGGGUACCCGCCAUGUCCAAGAAAUCAGUGGGCAGUCUGUAGUGUUUGUGGCUAUUGCGUUCAUUACCAUGAUGAUCAUAUCGCUGGCCUGGCUAAUAUUCUACUACGUUCAGCGUUUUCUGUACACCGGAGCACAGUUUGGAAAUCAGGCUAACCGGAAGGAAACAAAAAAAGCCAUUGGCCAACUCCAGCUUCACCGCGUGAAGAAAGUGGAAAAGGGAAUAGACAUAGAUGCUGAAAAUUGCGCCGUGUGCAUAGAAAAUUACAAGCCCAAAGAUGUCGUCCGCAUCCUGCCGUGCAACCAUGUCUUCCACCGACAAUGCAUAGAGCCGUGGCUGCUUGAACACAGAACGUGUCCUAUGUGCAAACUGGAUUUUAUGAAAGCACUUGGAUUUUGGGUUGAUCCUGAAGAAACGCUCGAGGUCCCUGCACCUGAAUCCAUGGCAGGUAGCAGCCUUUCUGUUGGGACUUUAAGUAUUGCUCAGGAUGACAACAGGAGUGAGAUAAACAACCUGCCAAGUUACUCCACAGAGGAUUCCUUGCCGCAUUGUAACAGUGCCAAGGACGACGCAGGGGAGACCACGGCAUUACUAGACGACCCUUGUGUUGAGGACAUCCCAGAAGAACAGCUACGGCCCUCUGGAAGCCAUACGCCCCACUAGCUUUCUCUACUGUGGACCUUUUGGACUGAGCAUAGAACUAUUUUACUCCUUGUGGACUUUUUUUUUUAAUUAUAUUACUGGCCAUGAACAUAAGUUCUGAUUUAAAGAAAAGAAAAAAAAAAAGACUGACAUUUUUGUAUUAUAUUUUUUAUUAACUACUUAUAAGCCUCUUCUUUUGGAGUGGUCUGGCAGCAAAGCUCGAAGUCCAUGUUGACCUGCACCGUUGGAGACCAAGUCGUAUCUGACUGGAGGUUGACUAUGAUGAGGCUGGAUCAAACUCUGUUAGAAUGUGUGUAUCUGUACACGUUGUUUUUUUUUUGUGUGUGUGUGUGUAUAUAUAUGUGAGCGACAUUUGGUUGUCGGUUUAAAAAAAAAUAAUAAUUACAAUGUUUCAAUUUAUCAGGGACUGGGAGUAACCAAAGCUCUGCGUUUAGGCUAUUUGUGGUUUUAAAGUACUAACUGUAACUUUUAACUUUCCUAUCAAUAUAGUCUUGCUUUUAAAAAGGACAAGUAACAAAGCACUUAUAUUCGAGAGUGAGGAACGUGCGUGCAGAAGUCUUGGAUGCCAUCUAUUAUCUGCUGUAUUUACCCAAGAUAUGAUUUUCAUCUAUAGCAGAUAUAUUUUAGGACUUUAAGAUCUGCCCAGGAAUCUGCACAUUGAAUCGAGGUCUGCUGUCUUGGAUCCUUUUCAGGUUACUGUGACGGCGGCAAUGAACACAUCCGCUGGAAAGACCCUGCUGCAAAUGUCAGAAUAUGUGGGAGAUUUUGUUAACCCGUUACUAAAGGUUUACUUGUUAGUUUGAACAAGGGCUGUUUUUGUUCUGUUUACAUAUAGCACAUAUUCAUACAACGUACUGCUCUGAACAUACCAUGUUCAGUAGAGGAAUUAAAGCCUUUUCUUUAGGUGCAACUCUGAGCCAAAAAGUGCUUUGACGUGAUGCUGAUUAUUUAUCUUUCUAGUUUCUAUAAUACAUAAGAGUAAAAUAAAAACAUACCUCCCUAGAAAA